AUCUGACACUGAGAGGGCACACGGACAGCGGUUAACGGAGUCACAAUUUCAACACCUGGUCCAUGGAAGAAAGAACCUGGAGUGUACCUUAUGUGAAAAAGUCAUCUCGGCCGAAUCCCUAAAACUCYCACAAGUGUCAACAGUGCAUUAUUUUAUCCAGCUUUUUUUGUAGAACACGCCAUGCCUCUAUUCAGCUGGAUGAAAUGGUCACCUGAGAGGAAAGAGCAGAGUCCAGAUGAAACGCAGUGGCUGAAAGGCUCAGGGGUCGUGCCCAGCCGCAUGCUGAUCACAGAGCUCCUGUGGCAUGUUGAAGAACGCGAACGGCUGGCGAGACAACUGGAGCGGGAGCACAGGCUGACCCACAAUGCCUUGGGUCUCCGCUGGUUCCAGAAAUACCCCAAACUACAAAACCUCAUUCCUUCAACAGAGCUACACCAGCUGGAGUUCUUAUGUGCCCAAAUUCCACCUAUGUACACAGCUGUCGUCCUCUCCAGAUUUCGUGAAGUGCUUGCCACUAACAACGUAAGGCCCUGGGAGAUGGCGGCUGUCUUCAAGCAAGUCUUGAUGGACUUCCUGAGCCAAAGAGAAGACAACGAAGAGGAUGACCUCUCAGCGCAGCUAACACACUGCAGCCCAAUGAAGGGUUGGACUAGUCGAUACAAAAUGAAGCAGGGCUUUGUCACACCCACAGUGCCCAACUGUGGAGACCGCCAAAGAGAAGAAAUCCCAACAGUCUCUGGGUAUGUGGAUCGAGCCAUGCGGCACUCUGAUUCAUUCACACGCAACAGGGUCUGGGACCUUCCGUAUUUUUAUCCAGGACCUCUCGAAACCAAAGACCCGUACUGCACAACACUGUGAGAAGAUACAACUUUUACU